AUGCUCUUCACGUCCGUGCUCACCGCUAUGUUUGCGACGCUCGCCGCGUCCACCCUUGCGACGCCCAUCAGCCGCGCCGAGGACGACAUCGUCAGCCCGCAGAUCACGUACCCGACCACGGGCGCGGUGUGGAUUCCGUUCACCAACCAGACCGUCACCUGGGACACGUCGAACAUCGCCCCCGCGGACGCGAACAACACCGGUCUGCUCCUCCUGGGCUACAACGAGGCCAGCAGCGAGCACUUGGACAUCCAGUACCCCCUCGCGACCCAGUUCCCCAUCGGCGCAGGCUCGGCGGACAUCGUCGUGCCCAAUGUCACCUUACGCACAGACUACAUCGUCGUCCUGUUUGGCGACUCGGGCAAUGCCUCGCCCGAGUUCACGAUCUUGUGA